AUGUUCACCAUCACCCUUGCGACCGAUGCCAAAGCAUAUUCCUACACUCGCCGAAUAAGGUCAAGGGCAGAGGAGGUAAAGAGCGAUCGUUGGAGCGGCUUUCGCUGCUCUCGCCGGACAACUUCCCCUCUCCUUCUCUCGAUUGACUGA